AUGUACCUGUUUUUAACGAUUGCCGUGGUCUUCCUUAGCUAUUUUUUGCUAAAAUAUCAUCAGAAACGCCAGCAGCUACUGGCAAUAGCAAGCCACUUCAAAGGUCCGAAGCCACAUUAUUUCCUCGGUUGUUUCUUUCUGUUCAGGGGCAAAUCAGUCGAAGACAUCUUUGAUGUGCUUGAUGAAUGCCAUAAAAAGUAUGGAGCCGACGUGUCUAUGGUCGGUUCCUUUAAUGAUUUUGUCCUGCAAAUCUCCAGCCCGGAGAAUAUGGAAAAAAUACUCUUAGCAAAGACGACCAAGAAAUCAUUUCCGUAUGAAUUCCUCGAGCCGUGGCUCGGUACGGGUUUGCUGCUCUCCUUCGGCGAGAAGUGGUUCCAGCGCCGUAAGAUCAUUACUCCAUCGUUCCAUUUCAAGAUGCUGGAUCAGUUUAUGGAUGUGUUUAACCGCGAAGGAGACAUUCUGGUGAAACAACUGGAGAAGCAUGCUGGCCAGAAGGAGUUUAACAUCUACGACUACAUUACGUUGUAUGCACUGGAUAGCAUCUGUGAGACCUCCAUGGGAGUGCAAGUGAAUGCCCAGAAGGAUCCUAACAACGAGUACGCCAACGGAGUGAAGCUAAUGUCGGAUUUUAUCUUCCGACGUGUGUUUAGCGUGUUGCGUCAGUUCCCUUCGUUGUUUUUCCUGUAUCCCUUUGCCAAGGAACAGGCUAAAGUGAUCCAACAACUGCACAACUUCACCAAUUCCGUGAUCGAGAGACGCCGCAAACAACUCGAGAAGGAACUGUCGUUGGGAAAGGUCGAGUUCAAUCGAGAUGAGGAAGAUCUGUAUUCGAAGCGUCGUGAUACUUUCCUCGAUCAGUUGCUCAAAGUUUCGGUCAAUGGAAAGCCGCUAAGCAAUGCUGAUAUCCGUGAGGAGGUGGACACAUUCAUGUUUGAAGGUCACGAUACGACUACUUCCGGUAUCUCGUUCACCUUACUCCAACUCGCCAAGCACCAGGAUGUGCAGCAGAAGCUGUUUGAAGAGAUUGACACCAUGUAUGGAGCAUCGGCAGGCUCUACCGUCCUUACCAGUGCCUCGCUGCAGGAAAUGAAAUAUCUAGAUUGGGUCAUCAAGGAGGCAUUGCGCCUUCGUCCUCCGGUUCCUUUCAUCGGACGUAAGCUGUUGGAAGACAUGGAAAUGAAUGGCACAAUUCUACCAGCUGGAACCACCAUAUCUCUCAAUAUCUACAAUGUGCAUCGCAACUCGAAGGUAUUCCCUGACCCAGAACGCUUCAUCCCAGAACGCUUUUCCGAUGAAAACGAAGUGAAGCGAGGACCGUACGAUUACAUUCCAUUCAGUGCUGGCUUCCGUAACUGCAUUGGCCAACGGUAUGCGCUGCUCGAGAUGAAGGUCACGAUUGUGAAGCUGCUCGCCAGCUACCGCGUUCUGCCCGGUGAAUCCAUCGAUAAGGUUCGUCUGAAGGCGGAUCUGGUAUUACGCCCGACAGCCGGUAUUCCGGUGAAACUAGUGAAAAGAAGUUAA